AUGUUGCUCUGCGAUUUUGUUGUGCCAAAUGACCAACACAGAGCUGAGUUCUUCGUAUCUUUGAAAAUUCCAAAGAUAUAUGGCAAAUCCAAAGCAACAGAUGGGCUGUCAUGGUUGAAGCCCAAAGCAUCACGCAAGCACAGGGAACUUUCUGCCUUCAAGGGAACAAAGUUUAUUUUGCUCACUUAUGGACAGAUCACAAUCAUUUCGAUUAUAUCACUUGCUAUGGCAAUGAUAAAUAUCAUGAGGUUCCACAGCAACCUUAAACCUUAUAUGGAAGGACAAAAGCCAAUGAUGAAGCUCUUGGCAUUUAAGAUGGUUGUCGGUCUUGAAUUCUUAGAGCAGGUCAGAAAGAUUCACAACUUUUAA